CAUGCGACUAUGCAAUGAUGAUUUCGCCCCUACGCAGUUCGUAGAAAUGUUCAUUUAAUGAUCAUUUCCUCAACUUGGGGUUAGUCCGUUUAAAGUCAGUGCAUCGACUAACAUUAGCCAUUUAGUGGCGGGGAAGGGAAGGGUCGUUACAACGACAUUUAAAUAACCAAAAUACUCUCGACGUCAAAGACUGGAAUAGCAAGCUCGCAGCACUGUUGUGUUCUGUUAGCCUGUUAGCUAGCCAGUGCUAGCUAUAGAGCUGGUUAGCUGACUAGCCUGCUCAUGCAGUACGUUUGUUUUUCUCGGUUGGCCCUGGUCGAUGUCACCCUGGCUACAUCGAACUAACGUUACUUUAUACGUUUAUUGUUGUUCCCAUUUAUGGAAAUGGAAUACAAUGGUGGUGUUACGGGUGCGGUCUUGGUCAGUGGAAGUAAUGUCCCUGCAUUCCUAACGAAACUUUGGACUUUGGUGGAAGAUCCAGAGACAGACCCUCUCAUUUGCUGGAGUCCGAGUGGAAACAGCUUCCAUGUGUUUGACCAAGGAAGAUUCUCUAAAGAAGUACUUCCAAAAUACUUCAAGCAUAAUAACAUGGCCAGCUUUGUCCGCCAGCUUAAUAUGUAUGGUUUCCGCAAGGUGGUCCACAUUGAGCAGGGCGGCUUGGUGAAGCCAGAGAAAGAUGACACAGAAUUUCAGCAUCCCUACUUCAUCAGAGGCCAGGAGCUCCUACUCGAGAAUAUCAAGAGAAAGGUCACCAAUGUCUCAAAUAUUAAACACGAGGACCUCAAACUCGGCCAAGACGGUGUCUCCAAACUACUCAGUGAUGUACAGCUUAUGAGGGGAAAGCAGGAAGCCAUGGAUUCCAAGAUCAGUGCUAUGAAGCAUGAGAACGAGGCUCUCUGGAGGGAGGUGGCCACCUUGAGGCAGAAGCAUGCCCAGCAGCAGAAAGUCGUCAACAAGCUCAUCCAGUUUCUGAUCACCCUGGUGCAGUCCAACCGAGCUCUAGGAAUGAAGCGGAAAAUCCCCCUGAUGCUGAAUGACAGCAGCUCGGCCCACUCCAUGCCCAAAUUCAGCCGGCAGUACUCCUUAGAACACCUGCAGGGUUCUCCCGCGUUCUCGUCCCCGUCGCCGGCUUACACGGGAGCGAGCCUCUUCCCCUCCGACUCGCCCGUAAAAUCGGGCCCGAUCAUUUCUGACGUCACGGACCUGGCACAGACAAGCCCUGCCGAAGUCGCCUGUGAUUGGACGGAGGACAGGCGGAGCCCCCUGGUGCACAUAAAGGAGGAGCCGGGAAGCCCCCCCGAAAGUCCCGAGGUGGAGGAAGUGCUGUGCACGGCAGCCGACACCCCCCUGUCGCCCACCACCUUCAUCAACUCCAUCCUGCAGGACAACGAGCCGGCCGCCUCCGCCCAGAAGUGUCUCAGCCUCGCCUGCCUUGAGAAUGCUCCACCGAUGUCAGAAGUCUCUUAUGUUUGCCCAAGCCUUCCCUCCACCUCUUCUCAUCCCAGACCACUACCAGGGUCAGAACUGUCCGAUCAUUUGGAAGGCAUCGACUCCGGAUUGGAAAACCUCCAGACAAUCAUAAACGGGCAGUCUAUCAAUUUCGAUUCUUCGCACCUUUUUGAUGUGUUCAGCUCCUCGUUAUCGAACUCCGAUUUCAGUUUACCGGAUUUGGACAACAGCCUCGCCAGCAUCCAAGACCUGCUCAUACAAGACCAGAAGUCAAAUGAAGCAAACGAAAACACAACAGAUGCUGGGAAGCAGCUGGUCCAGUACUCGUCACAGCAGGUCCUCCUGGCAGACCCCAUCAGCGUGGACAACAGCGGGGAAGACCUCCCCAUUCUGCUGGAACUGGAAGGGGACUCCUACUUUAACGACGACUCGGAGGACCCUACCAUUUCGCUCCUGUCCAGCGAAUACCACGCACACGACACAGAAGAACCCAAGCUAUCAUAAACGCUUACAGGCUUUUAACGUUUUUUUUUGGUUUUGUUUUUUCAAUGGAUGUACAGCUGUGUUUAUUGUUCCACUUUUAUUUUGGGGUUGUUAUGAAUGGGUGAAAUUGUGUUGCGGUUCGGGGUGAAUUGCACAUAUUUUUGAGGGGAGGGAACACUGAGAAUUCAGGCAGUCGGCUUUCUGUUACAAGUUGAUGGUAAAAGCAGGUUGGGAUAUUGAGCAAAACAUUCUUAAUAUCCAAAAUGUGGGUUUAUCUGUAUCGGUUAUACGCGCAACUUUUAAAUUGAUCCUCAAUCAAAUAAAUUCAAGCAAUACUAAAAAGUCGUUCUUGCAUAAUCAAUCUGUUUUUUACAAAAACAUUUUUAGCUAAUGCCUAAAUGUGUAUGAUUUAGGACGCAUUAAAAAUGAAUCUCUCUGAAAUUCAGUUUGAAAGCUGAGGGAAGUGCAUUGGCGUUGGUCUGAAUCUGGGCUGUACAAUCAGAAAUAUAUUUUCCUGUUCUGGUAAACAUUAGCCAUACAGAAGGAUUUGGCUGGUUUUUUUCUGGAAUGUUCUGUAUUGUUGCCUCCUGGCUUUAGAGCAGCUCUUUAAUCAUAUAUUUUUAACAGAUAGGCUUGAGCUUUGUGCUGUACAUAGCUUGUGUAAUACGAAUUUUAGACUCAUAAUAUUUAUACGUUUCCCUAAGAUGAUACAGAAUCCUGGAAAUGGUGCGUUGGUUUUAGAAUAUCAAUUAUGUUGACUUGCAAAAAGAGAGCAUGGGUCUUUGAUUUACAUUUUCCCCCAAAGAAAAUAUGUGUUCGAACCAUUAAUACAGUAAAGAAUUUUGUAUUUGUUAUUCAUAAUACUGCCAAGAUUACAGUCUAGCUACCAUUUCUUUCUGUUUAGUUUGUUUUGUUUUUAUUGAACUAAACCAUACCUUUGGUUAAAUGCUUGUAAUCUUGAGUGUAAAUUGCAAUAGUUGUCUUUUUAUAAAAGGAUAUCUGCCUUUUAUUGCAUUGGCUCAUUUGAUUUAAAAAGUCAGAUUAAAAGUACACGGCCAAAAUAGACGAUAUUGAAAGGUUUCUGUAUGUAUGUACACUUUAGAUGCACUUAGGUGCAUACAUUUUAAUGGUUAAAAGCCACUUUAAGAAAUAGCCACCAUUUUUCCCUGUCAACAUAUACAUGGCAGCAUAUUCUGUUUUAUGGAUUGUUUUUUGGAAAAAUAAAGAUCCAGAAAGAACUCUGUAUUUUUUACGAGUCAUUUGGAAAUGGCUUACUCUACUGAAAGGGGGCUUUGUCAUUAUUUACAUUUCAGGUUUAACUGAAGGAAAAAAAAACCUUUUUCAUAAAUGUUACUAGGUUAUUUCAAAGUUUUGGGUUUUUUUAAAUAUAUAAUGUGUGUGCACUCUAAAUACAAACGUUUUGAUUCAGUUACACGGUUUUUGGUUUCACUCUGUAUUCCAGCAUACUGGAUUUGAAAAGGAAAUGGCAGACUGUCAGCUUUUGGGGGUAUCUACAUCUAUAUCAGGUGAUGCAUCUAGGGGCACUAUGUAUUCUACCACAAUCUUAAACUAUUGAUCUUAAACAUUUGUCUGAAGUUCGUGACCCAUAGACAUCACCCAACGCUGGGCAGCUGCCCUGGUGAUGGUUUCCCAGGCUUGUACUGCAGCCGUUUUCAGUUCUUGUUUGUUGUAGAGUUGUUUUGCCUUCAGUCUUUUCUUCAGCAAGUGGAACACUGUUCAGUUGGAUUUAGUACGAGUGAUUCACUUGGCCAGCCAGGAGUGUUCCACUUUGGCCCUGAGAAGCUCAUUGGUUGCUCCAGCAGUGUUUGGGGUCAUUGUCCUGCUGUGAGGUGUAGCACUGUCCAAUGAAUUUUGAGGCAUUUGGUUGGAACUGACUUUUUAGCAAACAUACCUUUGAAAGUAUUUUUGGUUAUCCAUUCCAGUUGUCUUCUGUGGUCAUCCAGGUCAUCUUUGCAAUGUAUCAAACGGUUAAUUUUGACACACCCGAUGUCUCUGAUUAGUUUAUUCUCAUUGUUCAGCCUCGUGAUGGUCUGUUUUACUGGCAUUGACAUUAUUAUACAAAUGCCAGAAUGCAAAUUCCACAUAUGGAAUCAACCCUAAUUAACUAAUAAUGCAAAGACACGCUGCUGGCCAAGAAAUGGCUGAGCAAUUGUCCAUUUACUUUUGUUUCCUUGAAAUGGGUGCACUAUGUAUGAACCCAAUAACCCAAUCCAACAUGGAUUGCCCAAUAUGGAUGAAAAUACCCUCAAAUUGUCUGAUAAUACUGAUAUUCAUUGUUUUAUUUCAAAUCCAGUUUGUACAGAGCCCAAACAACAGGAAUUCUCGCUAUACCAAUAUGUUUGCAUUUAACUAUAUAUUGGCAUACUGCAUUGCUAUGCAUUGCUGUGUGCAAGGGUGUUACCAAUUCCGGAAAGUGUUGAAUUUGUAAGCUUUUAUUUUUUAUGCUGAAGAGUGCCGAGUUGUUUAUUUCUAUGUCUGCUAGAUGAACUUUAACAUUCUUUUCAAAACCAAAAUUAUUAGUUUGACAAAUGUCACUGUGUGAAAAUUCCUGUAUGAAAAUAUUUUGUGCAUCAGGAUGGCACCUUGUUUUUGGCAUGUUUUGUCACAGAUUUAUCAUGGUUAUUUUAAAAUGUGCAAAUACAAGCUUUGGCAAAUAUAAAAACAAAA